AUGCAGAAUCAGGAACUUUACAACUUGGUUAAGCAUUCCAAGUUUUCCCAGGUUGCAAAACCGAUCAAAGGUGGACUAAGAAGCUCAUCACCGGUGCCGACUCACCAAAUAAUUUACACACCCAAAUCUAGUGCCAUAAGAUCAAAUUUUGGAAUCAAGACAACCUUACCAAAGCAAAUUGGAUUUUCACAUAUCGUAUUCAAUGAUAUAGAUAAUUAUAAAAAUAUGCCUGAUGUGGAAAAAUAUUCUGGAAAGAUGUAUAAUAGAAUGAAAUUUCAAGAAAUGGGACUUGUGUUAAAGAAUUACUUUAACGAUCAUAACCCAUUAUUUCCUUCAGAGGCAACGAAAACAGAACUAGAAACUUCCAGUGAUAGUAUAUUGGCUGAAUUCAAUCUCUCUGAUUCCGCUGGUGUGUCUGAAGUAAAAUUAUUGCUAAAGGAAAACCCUGGAUUAUACAAACGCUUUCAUGCCUGGUUAAUCAAGAACAAUCCUCAAUGUUUCGUCACAAGUAUGCCAGCAAAAAGGUUAUUAAGCUUGCUCAAACAAUAUUUAUCUAGUGAUAAAACAAUAAAGAAGAGGGAAGUAGGAUUAGAAGAUUUUAUUACACGGAAUGAUUCUUCUCGUGGAACGCCUAAGAUCCAAGGUACGGGCGGCUUCUCUUAUGCUCAGAAAGGAAGACUCAGAAACACUCCAAAUGGAAUUAAGUAUGGCGUUGUGGCUCCUGGUAGGUUAGUAGGAGAUAGAGAAGCUGCAAUUGGAGGAUUUGUGGCGAGUGUUAAUGAUCGUACUACCUUACUUCAGAAUAAUUACUCGAAGAACUAUCCAAAUAAGAAUUCAAGGCAAUUCACCAUGCCUUUCAAAAUCAAUGAGGCGGAGAUUACCGACAAAGGUAAAAUUAAACUCUAUGCCGAUGGUAUAAAAACUGGGUCAUGGAUGCAAAGAACGAACACUAGUAUCGAGUCUUUUGAUAGAACUAAUUAUGAAGCGUCAAAUCCAAACUUUGGAAGCGCAGCAGAAAGGAACACGAAGGAUAAUGCAAAUUUGGAAAAUCUAUUAAAUUUGAUUAAUACGUCUAACUAG